CACACGCAAGACAACACGAUACGACAAAGAUAGUCAAGACAUCAGUUUCAGUUCAGAAACAAUUUAUGCAACAACGAGAAUGCUUCCUUCAAGCCGCUCGCCGCUACGAGUCGAGAAGACACAGACAGCCUAGAAUACGCGGAACUCACAAAGCCAUCCAUCGACAAGCCAAGUCAGCGAUUCGAGAGCGGAUACUCAAGCAAACAGUAGCAAGACCAUGCAAGCACCCUCCUCCUCCUCCUCCUCCUACAUGCCACCAACACGACAGCAAGCCCUCUUAUAGCAACCCCCCAACCCCACCUACGUCACGCAGACCACCCCUUCGCCUACAGAAACCCAUCCUUCGAACAAUUGAAGCAGGCACGGCAGCCCCGCCGCCAAGCAACUCUCGCCCCUCCCCCUCUUGCUGGCCCCCACCCCCCUCCCAUUUCGCGCUCCUGCCUCUCCUCCUCCUUCCCCGGGCCGUCCCCUCGCGCAGUCCGAGCGCCUACUCGGCCCGGUUGGCGGCGUAUUCGGCGUGCGAAACGGGACGGCUGCGAGGGUGCGGUGCCGAUGGCGUGCUGGCUGGAGGGAGGAAGAAGAUGGCGGAUAGGACUGCGUGGUUGAUUGAUGGUGGCCGGAUGGAUCGGUGCAGUGUAGUAGGUAGGAAAGAGAGCAAGAGCAGCGCAACCCGUAUUUAAACCCCCCCCCUCAGGCAACCAAAAAAAGAAAACAUGACGGCGACCGACGAUACGAGAACAAGCAACUCACGCAUGAAGCAUCAAUCAAUGCACAAUCCACGAUCAAUCAAUCGCACCCCGCGGGCGCCCAGGGCCAGGGCGCCUAGUUAACCCUGUUUGAAAAAGGUCGAAG